CAUUUGAUUGUAAAUUGAUUUCUGUUAUUUUCAAUAUUUUUUUGUCAUUUUGUUUCCUGCUUAUUUAAUUACAUUUUAGAAUACACAUUCAAAUUAUGUAGCAAAUUAUAAAAGUUAAUGAUAAGAUACUAAUGUUUCAUUGGUAACUUGAAAUAUCUAUCAGUGAUUAUAUAGAUUGGAAUUUUAACCUACCUACUAAAAUAAUUUUAUCAUUACGAUUGUUCAGUUCAUAGUGUUACUUAUCUAUCGAUGCGGACUACUAUCUAUACGUUGGUUCUACUCUUUUUAGUGAUACAAGUAAGGUUUUCUUCAACGGACAUGGACGCCCAAGGUUUAUCAAGAGAAAUAAUUAAAUUUUCUGCCAAGUUCUGUAAUGAGCUUAAUAAGAAUGCGAGUGUUAUAUCAUCACCUCUGUCGGCGGAGUAUUUGUUAGCACUCUUAGCUCUGGGUACCUCCGAUACUGCACACUCUGAACUUCUUACUUCACUGGGAAUUCCAGACGAUGAUUCAAUUCGUUCAUCUUUCUCAUCAGUAUCCUCGAAAUUGAAAUCAAUUAAAGGUGUAACAUUGAAUGUUGCCAAUAAUGUGUACAUUAUGGAAGGUGAUUAUGACCUAGUUCCUGAACUCAAGAAAGAUGCUAUUACAGUGUUUGAUGCUGGCAUUGAAAAAAUAAACUUCAGUAAUGGUGCUGCGGCUGCUACUCACAUAAAUCAAUGGGUGGAAGAUAAAACAAAUAAGAAAAUUAAAGAUCUAUUAUCCUCCGACAGCCUUAACAGCGACACCAGGCUUGUUCUUGUUAACGCUUUGUAUUUCAAGGGAACGUGGGAGAAACAAUUUGAAAAACAUCUUACAUCGGAUCAACCUUUUAACGUGAAUAAUAAUACUAAAAUAAAUGUGCCUAUGAUGUUUAGAGAAGAUACGUUUUGGUAUGGAGAAAGUGAAGGCUUGCAGGCUCAGUUAUUGAAAAUGAAUUAUGUUGGCAACGAGGCAAGUAUGCUGGUUGUGCUCCCAAAUGAAAUUGAGGGUUUAGGUGGAUUACUGCAGAAGUUAGCGGAUGGUUAUGAUCUGUUGAAGGACGUCAAUCAAAUGUACUCUACUAAAGUGCGAGUCACAUUGCCGAAGUUUAAAAUUGAAACUGAAAUCGAUUUAAAUACUCUCUUACCAAAGCUUGGAAUUAAACAAAUCUUCAACCAACAAAAUUCAGGAUUAACUAAAGUAUUAAACGCACCUGAACCACUUUACGUAUCCAAAGCUAUUCAGAAGGCAUUUAUUGAAGUUAAUGAAGAGGGCGCUGAAGCUGCAGCCGCGACCGGCAUGGUGGUGAUGAUGCGGUGUGCACGUCCACCGUCCCCGGAGUUCCGCGCCGAUCGACCCUUCCUCUACCUCCUCAACGGCUCCGAGCACGCCACGUAUUUCAUCGGUGUCUACCGAGGAAAAGAUUAAAAGCCACGGGAUUGUCAUCGAAAUCUAACCUCACAUGUUGUUCCAACAAAAUCACCAUAACUUUUGAUUAAAUAUAAUACUAAGCACACUAAUAAGUAGGCAGAUACAUAUUCUAUUAUCUCACAAUUGAUUAUAUAUUAUCGCAAACAUAGAGUAUUAUGAAAAAUGUAAUAAAUCAAUGCACAGCAUUUUCUUUAAUUCACUUCACUAUACAUUUUGUGAGUAAACUUCCUCUUACUUUCACGUUCACAAUUGGAAAGCGCAUAUUUUUUAAUCCUGUUGAAGACUAUUUCAUUGUUAGUCAAAUCAGAAAACCAAGACCAAUGUUUAAUAUGGGUAUAAGUAUUAUAAAUUUAUUCGGUCUGUAUCUAAUUAAUAUUUAAAGUAUUAGUUUUGUCUCCAUGUGAUGUUAUUAUGUCUAAUUAGGUAUAAUAGUAUAGAUUUACUAAGUAGCAUGAUUUUUAUAUCUAAGUAUAAGAAGAGGAUAUGAUAUGUACACCUGUUAUUGGAUUUUUGAUUAUAUAAUUUUAGCCAAGUUGUGUAGCUACUUUAAAAUAUCACAAUUGGUGCAUAUUUCGUGUCGUGUAAGCUUGAGGUGUUUGUUGUAUUUUUGUUGUACCUACUAGCAUUUUUCUUGUAAGUUUUAGCGUAAAACAGUAUAUAAUUGAUAGAUCCUAAUGAUAGAUCAAUUAGUAAUCACAACAGAAUGAUUAUUUAUAUCGGAUUAUUGUGUAUUACAUAUAUUUCAGUGAUGGGUGUGAUGAUGUGCUCCGCCAUGUUAGACGAGCCUCCAGUACCAAACUUCUGCGCUGAUCGACCGUUCUUGGCUGUUAUUUUUGU